AUGUCUACUUUCAACCAUUCUUCAUCAUACAACCGCACCUAUGAAAAGAAAAUCAUCCAAGAAGCUCCAAGGAUUCGUAUCCCUGAACAGCUUACAUCCAGAUUGGAUAAUUUCCCCGAAGGAUUGCUCCAUGGAUUGACUUUCCCAUCCACUCAAAACUACGCUACCUCUGAAUCUGUUCGUCUUGCUGACGAUUCUUUCCACGCUACUCUUGACGUUCGAGAUUAUUCACCCGAAGAUCUUAAAGUCUCCGUUAUUGGAGAUCAAAUUCAAAUUGAAGGCUCUUUCACUGACAAGAAAGAUGAUUUGGGAUUGAUCUCAAAGAGCUUCUCCAGAAAAUUCAAAUUGCCUAAAGAUGUGAAACCCGACGCUGUAACCUCCAACUUGACUUCAGAUGGAUUCUUGACAGUUGUCGCUCUACCUCCUAAGAGAGAAGCCUCUCCACUCCGCUCUAUCCCCAUCAAGGUUAUUACAUCUCCUCCAGCAACUCCAGCAGCAACUGCAGCCCCAGCUACCACAGAAAACAAGUAG